ACAGAACUCUCCACCAAGAAGAACACCUUUCUUUCAAUUACAUACAUAUAUAUCUAUAUCUGUAUCUAUCUGUAUAUGCCCUAAUUUUGUCGUGAAGAAGACGAAGAAGAAGAAGAACAAAUUUGGGGGCAGAGGGCGCCAUUGCCUAUCCGCGUAAAAUACAUGGGACAAAGUUAAAAUCGAUUCUGCAACUCUUCCUUUUCUCACUGGGUCCCCUUCUUUUCUCUCUCUAAAUUCCUUUCUCACUCUACAAUCUCCAUUUUCUAUAAACCACCACCACCUCUCCCACACCAUUCCCUCUCUCUCUCCAUUUUCUUCCGCAACAAAUCGAUCAUUUUCAAUUUAGUUCAAUUUUUUCGUAUAUGGAAAGCGCUCAGACAAUUCCGGCGAUGUUCCGGCCGCCGGAGACGCCGCGUGAGCCGAUGGAGUUCCUCGCGCGGUCGUGGAGCGUGUCCGCCUUCGAAAUCUCCAAAGCCUUAGCCCCGACGAAGAACAAAAACGCCUCUCUAGCUCAAAACGGCGUCGUUCCGAGCGGUAAUAACGGAACCAUACCGGAGGACGUCUCGGCUGAGUUCUCGACGGCGCCGGCGACGGAGAUGGCGGUUUCCGGCAAUCCUUUCACCUUUGUCUGUUCGGAGACUUCUCAGCUCGUCAUGGACCGCAUUAUGUCUCACUCUCAGGAGGUAUCACCCCGCACUUCAGGGAGGCUGUCCCAUAGCAGUGGUCGUCUCACUGAUAGCCCACCAGUCUCUCCUUCUGAAAUGGAUGAUCCUAAGUUUUUCCGGCUGAAUGUUCCGGCGAGUGGUCAGUACAAGGGGUGUGUUUCCGGCGGUGGUGCCGCCGCGAACGGCGGCGGGAAGACGGUGGGGAGAUGGUUGAAGGACCGGAGGGAGAAGAAGAAAGAGGAGAUGAGGGUGCAGAAUGCACAGCUUCAUGCCGCCGUAUCGGUUGCGGGAGUCGCGUCGGCGAUCGCUGCGAUUGCCGCCGCUACUGCGGCGGCAUCGGGACCUGGGAAAGACGAGCAAAUGGCGAAAACAGAUAUGGCCGUGGCGUCUGCGGCGACGUUGAUCGCUGCGCAGUGCGUCGAAGCGGCCGAGGCGUUGGGGGCCGAGCGCGAGCACUUGGCUUCCAUCGUGAGCUCCGCCGUCAACGUUCGAUCGGCCGGCGACAUUAUGACUCUCACCGCUGCCGCAGCCACCGCUUUGCGCGGCGCGGCGACGUUGAAGGCGAGGACGUUGAAGGACAUGUGGAACAUCGCGUCGGUAAUCCCGAUCGAGAAAGGGACGACGGCUGCCGGGAGCAAAGAAAGUUCGAACAGCAGUUUUAGCGGCGAACUCGUCGUACCCGAAGAGAAUUUCCUCGGAAUUUGUAGUCGUGAGCUGCUCGCCCGAGGCUGCGAGCUUUUAAAGAAAACUCGCAAAGGUGAUCUUCACUGGAAAAUAGUGUCUGUUUACAUCAACAAGAUGGGUCAGGUGAUCCUGAAGAUGAAGAGCAGACAUGUCGCCGGGACCGUGACGAAAAAGAAAAAGAAUGUUGUUCUUGAGGUGAUGAGUGACAUCCCGGCCUGGCCGGGGCGGCACCUUCUGGAAGGCGGCGACCACCGGAGAUACUUUGCGCUGAAGACCGUGUCGCGGGGGAUCGUCGAAUUCGAGUGUAGGAAUGAGAGGGAAUAUGAUGUUUGGACACAAGGGGUGUCGAGGUUGAUUACUAUGGCUGCUGAGAGGAACAGCAACCGACAUUUUCUUUGAAGCUAGCUAUCAAGAAGUUGUACUAAAAAGGCCAAAAUGUAAUAAGGGAAGUAUCGAUGGUUUUAGUAUUAGGACAGUUUAUGUUGAACUAACUUUUUUGUUUUUUUUUUUUUUAAUAUUUAAUUUUUCUAGUGGGGAUUGGGUAAAGAAUGGGGAGGAAUUUGAAGAAGUUUUUCACAUGGGGUGGGGUAUUGGAAGUAUUUUUUUUUGUGGUUUUGUUUGUUUUGUGUGGUCAAAAAAGGAAUGGGAGAAUCCCUGUUGUGGCUUGGGAAAGUAUUGGUAGUUUAUCAAUGGUGGGGCUUGGAUUUUAUUUAUGUAUAUAUAUAUAUAUAUGCUUUCUUAAUUUGGUAUUGGGUAAUUAAUUAAGUUUUUUUAUUUUGGUGUUUAAUUAGUAAUUAGGAGUUUGUUGGUGUAUAAUUAUACAAUGAUCUGUUUGGUGUGAUUAUGACAUUCUGUGCCCUAUUUGUUUGAUUGUAUUAUAAUUACCUUUUUGGAUUA